GCGCCGCGCACAUGGGCGCUGCGGAGCCGCCGGCGGAGACCGGCUCCAGCCGGUAUAAAAGGGCUGCGAGCGAGCACCGAGCAGCAGCAGCCGCCGCCGCGGGCAGCGGGAGCAGCAGCGGCCGGAGGCCGGCGGGCAGCGGGGCCGCCUCCUCGCCGAGGGUCGCCCGCUCGCCCUCCCGGGCCAUGGGCAGCCCCUGACCCCGCCGCAGCACCGGAUCCAAAAUGACGGUCAAAGCUGUAAAGAUGCCGUGCACCUCUGCAAACGUUUAUACUAAAGUGCCUGACGGAGGAUGGGGCUGGACGGUCGCCUUUGCGUUCUUUGUUGUGGAAGCCCUGACAUACGGCAUCAUAAAAUCCUUUGGAGUCUUCUUCAACGACCUGAUGGAAAGCUUUGACGAAACCAACAGCAGGAUAUCCUGGAUAAUAUCCAUAUGUGUGUUUGUACAGACCUUCACAGCUCCUCUGUCGACGGUCCUGAGCAACCGCUUCGGCCACCGCCUGGUGGUGAUGGCCGGGGGGCUGCUGGUCAGCGCUGGCAUGGUCAUCGCCUCCUUCGCCCGCAGCGUGGUGCACAUGUACGUCACCAUCGGCAUCGUCUCCGGCCUCGGAUACUGCCUCUCCUUCCUCCCGACUGUCACCAUUUUAUCACAGUAUUUUGACAAAAGGCGCUCGCUGGUCACAGCGGUGGCAUCCACAGGGGAAUGUUUCGCCGUCUUCUCCUUCGCACCAGCAAUCACGGCCCUGAAGGAGCAGAUUGGCUGGAGGUACAGCAUGCUUUCUGUCGGGGUGCUGCAGCUGGGCAUCACUGCCUGCGGCUCGCUGCUGCGCCCCAUCGUCAUCAGAGAGCAGGAAGAAGUGAAAGCACAGCCUCCAGAGGAGUCCACAGAGACAAAGUACAUGCUUGAAAACGAACAAACAUGCACCUCAAUAGAGUCCAUAGACUCAGGAGUCGAUAUAACUACCUCACCCAGCAAUGUGCCUGGAAAAACCAAAGCAGAGCCGAAAAGUGAAGAACCAAAGCAACACGGACAGAACCCCAUUGACAAUAACAGCACCCCUCCAGAACCAAAAACCAAACUACUGGACUUCUCUGUGAUGAGAGACUAUAGCUUUAUCUGUUAUGCAUUCUUUGGCCUGUUUGCAACCCUGGGCUUCUUCGCUCCCUCCCUCUACAUCAUCCCCCUGAGCCGCAGCCUGGGCAUCGGCAAGGACCACUCUGCCUACAUCCUGUCGGCCAUGGCCAUCGCCGAGGUCUUCGGGAGGAUUUUUGCAGGCUGGCUCCUCAACAAGAAGCCCAUCCGCAAGAUCUACAUCGAGCUCAUCUGUGUCAUCCUGCUGUCUGUAGCCUUGGUUGCCUUCCCUUUUGCCUCUGGAUUCUGGGGCUUGAUGAUAUGUAGCGUUUAUUUUGGGUUCAUGCUCGGCACGGUGGCGGGCACACAUAUUCCUCUCCUGGCUGAAGACGACGUGGUUGGCAUUGAGAGGAUGUCCUCUGCAGCUGGAGUCUAUGUCUUCAUUCAAAGCUUAGCUGGGUUGGCUGGACCACCCCUUGCAGGUGUCUUAGUGGAUACGACAAAGAACUACAGCUCAGCCUUCUACUCCUGUGCUGCUGGCAUGGUCCUGGGGGCCGUGUUCCUGGCCCUGGUGAGGCCGUGCAAGACUGGGCUGUGCCACCACCACCAGCAGCAGCAGCAACAGCAGCAGCAGGUGGAGGAGAGCACGGCAGGGCCACCACCAGAACUACCAGAUGACUUUAUAGACAUGGAUAUUGGAAAAGCAGAAAAUUCAGGAAAAGGCUCUGACAGCGUGGUAUAAAAAACCCUGUUCCUUCUCCAUCUAAUGUACUCAGUGUAAGGCUGGGGGAAAUGUCAGCUCUGCUCCACGUUUUAAAACUCCAUUCUAAAGGGAAUGUGAAAUUUUAAAUGUGAACAGUUGCUACCAACAAUUAUUUUUUUUUUUUAAAUAUUAGACAGAAUUUUUUUAACCAACAAUGGAAAGCUCCAUAGAAAAUACGGAUAGUCACAUAAGAAUAACUUCUGUCUAGCAUGAAGAUGUGAUGCACACUUGCUUUCCUGAUAACAAGCAUAGGUAAAGGUCCAACUGAUCCAUAAAUACUGACAACAGCAACAGCAGAAGCAGCUCAGCCUCUGACUGUCACCCAUCCCUUACCACAAAUUCCACACAGACCCGAUGAUACGAACUGGAGCAUUUCAUACACCACCAGUAGCCAACUGAAUCUUCUUCUGGAGGGACACAGACUCACUUUUUAGCUUGGAGGAGGAGGAGGCCAGGCUAGAUAGCUGACAAUUAGAAACCAUUGCUAAUGAUCUUAACUUGAAUGUCACAUAAUGCUGGGAAAUCAAAGGCUCCGUGUGUCUUUAUGGCCAGUUAUUACUGCACAUAUUUCAUAAGAUCAUUUUUCUUCUCCCAACUGGGAUCCUUAGAACUGUUUUCUGUUGAUAGUCAGACCUGAUGUACUGUUUCUAAUUUAACUAGUAUUUAUUAAUUUAUUCUGAGAUUGUUAAAGGAGGUUAGCUUAAAUAACUGGAGAGGAAAAAUGAUCUUCUACAUAACGGAAAGCUGUCUUUACAUCAAUCUCUCCAAUGCCUAUCUUGUAUUGCUUGUGAAAUUGUUGGGAAAAUUACUCUUACAGCAUAAAGUGUAGCUGUUUUUAAUAGGUAAGUCUUAAGUAACCCAGUUAUUUAAAAAGGAAAAAAAAAACCAAACAAACAAAAAAAAAAAAGAAUUACAGAUCCAGCAUCUCUUUCCAUGGAAAAGGCUCAGCUGGUGCCCACGGCUGCUGGAACCAGCCCACCCCACAGGGAGGAUUUGGCCCAGGAUGUCUUAAUGUACCCAAGACCUCGGCUCCCAGGUGCACAGGGAAUCUCUGCUGCAGCCCCAGCUGCCCCCCAGGCCCUUCCCCUGUCUCUGCCCCCCAGCCCUGCCAGCACGGGGUGCUGGGGGGCCGGGCUGAGCUGCACCCCCUCCCCAGCUCUGCCCUCAAGUCAGCAAGGGGCUUUCAUUUUUUGCUGCUGACUUCAGUGAGAAAUGAAGUGGAGCCUGUGCAUGAAGGGAAGAAGACAGCACUGGAGCUGUUCAUUCAGUCCUAAUGGGAGAGAUUCCUGCUCACAGUGACACGAGCUUGCUUACCCCACCUAUAUGCAUCUUCUCGCCUCUAGGCAACUCAGGGGGACAAAUCAAACAAGUCUGUUCUGGUUUGGGGGAAAAAGUAAACCCCAAACCACCAUUUCUGUGUACUUAAGUGGAAGUGGCAUCAUCCAUUAACUGCUACACUGACCUGUCUGUGUUUUACCAGCCAUAGAAAUGUGGGACAAUCUGUAAAAGAAAAAAAAAAAAAGAAAAGAAAAAAAAAAAUAGAACAACCUCUUUUUGGGAAGGUGCUUGGUUUGUUUUUUCUGUCUUAGAUGUCCAAAAAAAAAAAGAGAAAAAUUUUAAAAAGAAAAAAAAAAGAAGAAAAAAGAAGGAAAAAUAAUAAUAAUAAAAAAAAAAAGAAACGGGCACUCUUGCAACCAAGUGGCUGGAGCAAAAAUUCAUCCUCACUGCCCGGGACCUGCGGUCUCGUGUCCUUCCUCUGCCUCAGCACUUUAUCACGGCCAGCAGAACCUCGCUGUGUUGCACCCAGGACUGGAAGAUCCCUACAGAGAACCAGAGUUGUGUGAAUCGGUGAUCAGUGAACAAAUAGCCACAUUGCAUUACGAUGUACCUUUAAUUUAUUGUUAAUUUAUGAUACUUCAAGCGUUCUGGUAAAUGUUCUGUAGCCUAUCCUUGUCAGGUUGUUGAAGUCUUUGUGAUUGAUACAAGACCUCACUACAGCACUUUGCUAUUACAACUGCUUGGAAGUGGAAUUAAGGCCUCCAGGUUUUGCGUGUGUGUGGAAGCUCCCUGUUCUGCAGAUUUGCGAGGUUCUACUGUAUUUAGUUUGGGGUUUUUUUCUCUUUUUUUUUUUUUUUUUUUUUUAAUUUUAAUGACCAAGUUUCCAAUCCAGAUCAAAUGCUCUGUUUGUCACUGACCUCACAGUCCAUUGUUUCUGUUCCUGUCGUGGCACGAGCAGGGGAGCGAGUGGUGAGUGUGUGUGUGUGAGGGCACAGCACAAGCAGGAUUUACUGAUUUGUUUGUAACAAAGUGGACUCUGGAAAUACUCUUAAACACUGAGAUUUGCAAUAAACUUUUUCCUUUGUU